AUGCCAGAGCAAACUGAUAAGCGGCGCUCAUGGUGGGGCUUCCUUGCCCCCCUAGAUCGAGCAUCCCAUAUGGAACCAGGACCACAUCCAUCCCACUCCGACCUACUAGUCAGUUACGAUCUUCAUCGGGAUAUGGAUGCAAAGAGUCGGAUGUUUGACUCUGCCAGUGAGGCUGAUCUCACCAUCGCACGGAACGGAGUAGAACAAGAACCAAAGGUUGGAACAGGAGUAGGGAAUCAUCAUGAACAAUCAUUACGACGCACACCCUCCAAGAUGGAUCUCUUCAAGAAAUCAACCCUUCCCAAAAAAGUCAAAUCCAAGGGCGGGUCCAAAGGUGGAUCCAAGUUUGCGACCAUCACCACAGCUUGGUCUUCAAGCCGGACAACUCUUUCAGGCAGAACAACCGUAGGCUCUAUCUCCAGCGGUACUGUAGACUUGAAUCACUGUGAGAAAGCCAAUAUACAGGAGCAUAGCCACAAUGACCUGAUGGUAUUCAUGGUUUCUGAGCUGCCUGAGAUGGUGAACGGUGAACGCGAACGAGAUGUUGCUUAUACUAUCCGAGCUGAAAGCGCCCAUAGAAUCAUACAGAUCACCAGACGUAUCUCUGACUUUCUAGACUUUGAUGAAAAGGUUCGAACCCAAUACCCAAAGUCCCGGCCAGCACUGCCCUUACUGGAUGAGAGGCGUAAAUCAUUUCUAGUCAGUACCCGUCAGUUUUUCUUUCCUCGCAAAAAUACGGCCGAGAAACUCGAGAGCUAUCUUCACAAGGUUGCAACGCAUGAGCCUCUUAAAAGCUCCACACUCUUUCGAGAAUUCUUGGCAGUGGCACAGGAGGGUGAUAUGAUGCGUUCAACGGAUCGACCGGUUCAUUCUAUGUACUAUGCCUCUUAUCAACCAUCCAAAUCCGAACUUAGUCUGGAUAGCACAGAUCAGUCAGAUGACAGUCCUGGACAGGAUACACAGAUUUCACAGAUCUCGGAUGACGACCAACUCGAUGAUGAUGUGGAUGAUGAUGACAUUUCAGAGCAACAAAGGAUAUUGGCUCUUAGAAUGAGAGGAAAGAAGAUUCGACCGGCAUUGCCUCAAGUCCAGGAAUCUAAAAAAGUUACCAUAGAUGACUUUCAGCUUAUCAGAGUUCUUGGUAAAGGAUGUAUGGGCAAGGUGAUGCUGGCUCGGGAACACAAGAGUGGAAAAUUAUUUGCGUUGAAGGCCAUUUCAAAAGAAUGGGUGAUCCUGCAAAGAGAGAUCGAGCACACUAAAUCAGAGCGGAACAUUUUAGCAAACGUCGCACGGAUCUCACACCCAUUCUUGAUCAAACUACGACACUCAUUCCAAUCCCAAGCUCAACUCUUCAUGGUCUUGGACUACUAUCCUGGAGGUGAUAUAGCAACCCAACUAGCACAGUAUCAUCGAUUUGAGCCAGCAAGAUGUCUGUUCUAUGCAGCAGAGAUUGUAUUGGGCAUUGAGGAACUCCAUCGGCAGGGGAUCGUCUAUAGAGAUCUGAAACCUGAAAACAUUCUUUUGGCAUUGGACGGACAUAUUGUAUUGACUGACUUUGGUCUGUCAAAGCAAUUCCUUACCUUUUCAUCAUCCACCUCUGACUUGGCAGAAGAAAAGACGAAUACUUUUUGUGGAACAGCUGAAUAUUUGGCACCUGAGAUCCUAUUAGCAGUUGAAUAUAGCUAUGCUGUAGACUGGUGGAGUCUUGGUACAUUGGUGUAUGAAAUGCUUGCGGGUAUUACGCCAUUUUGGGCAGAAAAUCAUGCUCAAAUGUAUCAGCGAGUGUUAGAGGAUGAAUUAGAGAUUCCAAUAGACAUGGAGCAAGAUGCUGCCAACUUUAUUGCUGGACUUCUACAGCGCAGCCCUGAUGAUCGGCUCGGAGCUAGAGGAGCAAGCGAAGUAAAAGCACAUCCAUAUUUCAAGUCAAUUGACUGGGAUAUGGCCUUACAGCGUAAAUUACCAUGUCCAUAUAUCCCAAAGCUGGAGUCAGAAUUGGAUUUGCGGAACUUUGACAAUGCAUUCCUCGAUAUGACUCCUCGACUCUCACCAGGACAGCACACUCUUAGCAACAGUAUUCAAAACUGUUUCCAAGGUUAUUCAUACACAGACAAUAUGUCAAAUACACUUCCUCGGACCGACAGCAAACUUCGCAUGGACCGAACCAAGAUAGAAGAUGAUGAUCAGGAGGGGAUUACAAGGACGGAGACCACCAACGGCCAUCAGCAACAACAACAACAACAACAACAACAACAACAACAACAGCAGCAGCAACAACAACAACAACAACAUUAUCAUCAUGGGAAUGGUCAACAUAAACCUAUUCAUCGGUCACCAUUAGCAACUGUAGAGGAUGUGGAAAACGAACCGGAGGAAGGCAUUCAUCAGUAUCGACGUCCAACGUUGUAUGCGCCACCUAGUGCAGCCAUCUCCACUUUUGUUGGUGCCAAGGCUCAGAUGACAUCACCCACGUUGACACCACCAUCAAGCUAUCCCGAAGAUGGCCAGAUCCCAGUAGAACGAACUUCAAUCACUCGCAUAGGAGCUGCAGAUAUCUUAAGAGGAUAUUCAGGGCGGUCAAGUGUUGAUUCAUAUCGACAUAAUAGUCAAGGAUCAUCACAUUCAAGCGAGACUAUUGGCCGACGUAUAAGUAGAGCAUAUUCUACGUGA